AUGUCAAAAACAAAUUCUGAGAAGAUAGCUGGAUUGGAGGCAGGUGUUGCAGCCCUGGAGCAGGAUCUUACCAAGCUUCGAGAGGAAGCUAACCUCGCCAAGAAGGAGAAUGCUGCACAAUUCACAGAAGUCCUGCAAGCUAUCAAUAACUUGACGAAAACUGUCAAGGGGAAACUCAUUCAAGAGGAGGAGAAGGACAAGGAAGAUCCUGAAUUUGAGCUUGAGUUUGGAUCCUUCAAAAAGGGACCCAAGGACGAUAAGAACAAGGGUGGGGGUCGACAAAUGGGAGAAUUUCGGAAGAUUAGAGCUCCUAUUUUCGAAGGGGAAGACGCGUUUGGAUGGAUUUAUAUGGUGGAGCAUUUCUUUGAGAUCCAAGACAUUGGAGUACGUGAUCGUUUGAAGGCAGCAGCGAUUUGCUUGGACGGCAAGGCGCUGGCUUGGUUUGCUUGGAGUCAAGCAAGGGACCCAUUCCGCUCUUGGGAGGAUUUAAAAGAAUGGUUGUUGGAGCGAUUCCAGUUAACAGGUGAAGGCAAUAUCUAUCAUCAGUUUCUCACCAUCCGACAAGAAGGAACUGUACGUGACUACCCAGCAAACUUGGCCAGAGCCAUGACUCUUGCUGUUAUGAUAGAUGAAAACAAGUUCAGUAUUGGCACACCCAAGACUAGUGGAGGGGUAAUUCGGUCCAACAACAGUGGGUCUAGUCGACCAGGUGGAGCUUUUACCAACAUGGGUUGUAUCAUCAUCUAG